GCAACCCUAGAGAGAAAUAAAAGGUUUGCGGGAGUGAAGGACAGGGUUUUGGAAGGAAGAUGGCGAAGUUCAACGUGGUGCAGAAGAAGCGAAGAGCUCAAAUAGCGGAUAGAAAGAGAGCGAUUCAUGGAGAUCCUGUUACUGGGAAGCUCAAGACUAGGCCCCAGUCCCUCUCUGUCUCGGGCAAACGCAAGCGCAAGCUCUUGAAAAAAUGGCGCAGGGACCAGAAGGAGGCUGUGGAGAAGGGUCUACUGAACAUGGAAGAUGUGGAAAUGGCAUCAGCUGAAGGCACAUCUCAGGACACCAACAGAACACCAACGGCAUUCCACAUGAAGAAGAGUCUGAAACUUAAAAAACUAAAGCGCAGAGGUAAGGGCAAAGGAAAAUCUUCUACAUUAGCUGCAGCUGCUGAAACUUCCAGGGAUGCGAUGACAGAGUAAAAUGAUGAGAAAGGCAUACGGGUUAACUCAAUUUUUUGUAAUGUUUCUGAGAACACGGGGCAGAGAUAGUUUUGCUUCUUGUACCUAUUUUUCCCUGCAAGAUUCAAUUCGCUGAUAACAAGAUAAUGCUCCUUUUGUUGUUCUUA